AUGGUUCUCAAUAAGAAAAAAGGAGCGUCUGCAAUUAGUCGAAGUCCAAAUGCAAGUGAUCGAGAAGAAGUAACUCGAUCUAUUUCGGAAUCGGAAACAGAUAGAAGCGAACAAAGUUCAGAUAGUGAAGAUGAACCUUUUUCAAAAACAAAUAAAAUGUCGACUUUAAUUAAACGAUUAGAAACUUUGGAGAAACUUCAAACAGCUCAUAAUAAGACCAUCGAUCACAAUCAACCUUUAGAAGUUACCAGAACUUCAAGUCCAGUAAAUAACGCAAGAAUAACUACCGAUACUAGUACCUCUCGUGCUCCAUUAACUACUCUUCAACAGCAAAAUAACAGCGACAUCCCAGAUAUUAGUUCUACCACUGAAGUAUCGAAAAUACCAAGUAAAAAAUCUCGAGCCUCUGGUCGCACAUUACGUAGUCAUGCUUCCAGGUAUACUAACAUACUGUGA